UUCAAACAUCAAACAAUGCAACAGUCAUGUAUACCAAAUGCCAAUGCUGAUUUAAGAUUAUUUAAAAGAGUAAUCUUUGAUUAUUAUUUGAUUGAAGUCAAGAUGAAGCUGUUACUUUUGUUCGCCCUUGUAGCUUUGGGUUACUCCCAUCACAUCACCUUCCCGGAAGAGGACGAAGCCCAAUGGGAGCUCUUUAAGAUCGAACAUGAGCGAGUGUAUGGAGAUGAGAAGGAGGAGUACACUAGGAAGGAAAUCUUCAUGAACAACCUCAACUUCAUCCGUGAACACAACAAGAAGUACGAGCGAGGAGAAGUUACCUUCACCGUAGGAGUCAACCAGUUCGCUGACAUGACAAACGAAGAGUUCCGCCAGAGGAUGAACGGAUUCAGAAUGCCCGAAGAUUACCAGAGUAGUGGAGCUAAGUUUGAGAUCGACGAGUACCUGGAAGCUCCCAAGACUGUUGACUGGAGGAAGAAGGGAGCUGUAACCCCAAUCAAGGACCAAGGACAGUGUGGAUCUUGCUGGGCCUUCAGUGCAACUGGAAGUUUGGAAGGACAGACCUACCUGAAGACAAAGAAGCUGGUGUCUUUAAGUGAACAGAACCUGGUUGACUGCAGCAGCAAACAAGGUAACGAAGGGUGUAACGGAGGUUGGAUGGAUUAUGCGUUCAAGUACGUCAAGCAAAACAAGGGAAUCGACACCGAGGCUUCCUACCCCUACGAGGCAGAGGAUGACUCAUGCAGAUACAAGGCCAAGAACAAGGGAGCCACUUGCUCUGGCUACGUGGAUGUGACUACAGGAAGUGAGAAGGCUUUGCAGCAGGCCGUGGCUAAGAUUGGACCAGUGUCUGUCGCCAUCGAUGCCGGCCACAACUCCUUCCAGCUGUACAAGAGCGGAGUGUACAAGGAGCCUUCGUGCUCCACCACGAACCUAGACCACGGAGUGUUGGCUAUCGGAUACGGCACUGCCAAGAAGGGAGGAGACUACUGGUUGGUGAAGAACUCCUGGGGAACCUCCUGGGGAAUGAAGGGAUACAUCAUGAUGGCCAGGAACCACAAGAACAUGUGUGGUAUUGCCUCCAAGGCCAGCUACCCCACAGUCUAGAACAUCAUUAUAUCAUGGCCAAUGGCCAGCUCAACGUCCUUACUUUGUUAUUAUUAAGUUAAAUAAAACCUGUUAGUAAAUUGUA